AUGUCCACCGCACAGAUCGAGUACGACGCCAAGGGCAUGCCUUUCCGGAGGCUCGGUCCCAGUGGCCUGCGUGUCCCUGUCUUCUCUUUCGGAGGAUGGCUCACAAUCGGCGGCACCGUCAAGGGCGAUCCCGUCAAGGACAUCAUGAAGACGGCCUUCGAGCAUGGCAUCAACAUGUUCGACACCGCAGAGAUCUACUCGAACGGCGAGUCUGAGCGCGAAAUGGGCCGCGUCAUUCGGGAGCUCGGUUGGCGACGGACGGACCUGAUCAUCUCCACCAAGGUCUUCUUCGGGACCAAGAAGAACGCGCCAAACGACACUGGUUUGUCGCGGAAACACAUCAUCGAGGGCACCAAGGCUUCCCUCGAGCGUCUCGGCAUGGACUACGUCGACAUUAUCUUGGCGCACCGCCCAGAUAGCAGUGUGCCCAUGGAAGAGACUGUGCGAGCCUUCAACCACGUCAUUGACCAGGGCUGGGCGUAUUACUGGGGCACUUCGGAGUGGUCGGCGCAACAGCUCGAGGAGGCAUGGCACGUCGCUGACAAGCUCGGUCUGGUUGGUCCCAUCGCCGAGCAAUGCCAGCACCACAUGUUCCACCGCGAACGCCCCGAGAAGGAAUACGCACCCAUCUACGCGAAGUACCAGGUCGGGACGACCGUGUGGUCCGCGCUCGCGGGCGGGCUGCUCACGGGCAAGUACAACGACGGCAUCCCCGAGGGCUCGCGCUACGCGAACCAGGACACGAACGUCUUCUACCGCGAGAUCCUGCAGACGAUAGAUGAGGGCGAGGGCAAGCGCAAGCUCAACAAGGUCAAGGAGCUCUCCGAGUUCGCCGAGAAGGAACUGGGCUGCACGGUGACGCACCUCGCGCUCGCGUGGGUCGCGGUGAACCCGAACACGAGCACGGUCAUCCUCGGCGCGUCCAAGCCGGAGCAGAUCGUCGAUAACUUGAAGGCGAUUGAGGUCAUCCCGAAGCUCACGCCCGAGGUCCUCGAAAAGAUUGACAAGAUCCUCGACAACAAGCCGGAGCCUGAGUCUUCGUGGGGACGCCCGUCUCUGGACAGCUUCGGGAGGAAGUACUGA